AGAAGCAAAAGUACACGAAUGGGACCACAGCCAACGAAGACUGCGCUUCGAAGGGAAGCCGCCUCUGCCGCUCAGGCACCCUGGCCCACACCCCUCGCCCCGGCACCUGCCUCGGCCUCGGUAAGGGGCUCCCCACAGUCAGCUGAAGGCUGCCCCAGAGAGUCCUAAACGCGACUGUCCAGACCCUGGACUUCUCAGAAACAAGGCGUUCUCCUAUGAGGGAAUUUCAGUUUCUCUUUCCUUCUCGGCACAAGUCCAGGGAAGGGACCCGUCGGAUGCCCUUUCUCUGCGGCUCAGGCAGCCUAGCCCACGGCCACGUGCUCACCUGCUUCAGCGCCUGGCUCCGCCUACUCAGGCCUUUUCAGGCCCAGUGGAGAUUCCAAUUUCCACUUGCCUUUUCACUUUACAUACAUCAGCUGGGAUUGCCCAGCGAGCCUGGCUAAAAGCGGAGCCAUGCGGCCGGGGAAGCAGUCGAGAUCGGGCCAUGGCUCCAGCUUGGGUUGUGGUGCUGGUGACCGUGGGGCUGGGCUUGACCAGCGCGGGCCCUGUCCCCACUUCCAGGCCCCCCCCAACCAGGAGGGGCUGCCACGUGGGCAAGUUCCCACCUCUGUCGCCGAGGGAGCUAGAAGCCUUCAAGAAGGCCAGGGACGCCUUAGAAGAGUCACUCCCGCCGAAGAACUGGAGCUGUGGCUCUCGCCUCUUCCCCAGGACCAGGGACCUGACUCGACUGCAGGCCUGGGAGCGCCCUGCGGCCUUGGAGGCUGAACUAGACUUGACGCUGAAGGUCCUGGGGAACGUGACUGACUCAUCCCUGGGCGUCGUCCUGGACCAGCCCCUUCGUGUGCUGCGCCACAUCCACUCCGAGCUCCAGGCCUGUGUCCGGGCUCAGCCCACGGCGGGACCCAGACCCCGCGGCCGCCUGCACCACUGGCUGCACCGGCUCCAGAGGGCCCCAGAGGAGUCCCAGGGGUGCCUCGAGGCCUCCGUCACGUUCAACCUCUUCCGCCUCCUCACACGGGACCUGAAGUGUGUCACCAGUGGAGACCUGUGCGUCUGAAAACCUGGACCCGACCCCAGCCCGUCCGGGACCCAGACCUUCUGUAUGCACCAGGCCUCAUCCUUCCUUAAGUUAUUUCCUUUCAAUCCCUUAUUUAUGGACCUGCAGCCCCGCUCCAUAGCCAUAGGAAAUGUUUAUUUUUCUACUUUUGUGCAAUGUGCAGCAAAUAAACAGUAAGGAAGAGAGAAAAAAAAGAGCCAACUGCUCCGGAGAUGGAGAGAACAGAGGAACACGUUAAACAACAGUGGGAGCUGCAGUCGGCAAAGUGCAGACUCUAGAGAACUCUAAAGGACUAAAAAUCCAGCUUGACAAAAACAUUUCAAGGAAAAAAAAAGAGAAAGAUAGGGUCCCUAUACU